AUGACGUCACCGCUUCCUCUGUUACGCUCGUUUUCGACCGAAAACCAGAACCGAGACUGGAGCAAACGGUUUUCCCUGCGCAUCAAACAGAAGAGCAGCAACGAUGGCAAGUUGGACUUUGCGUCGUUGCGCAAGAACAAGUUCGCACGGCGCUGCUCGUCCCUGCGCCAGCAGCCCACCGACCAGACCACGUCCUCCGUCACGCUGGAGCUGGAGUCGGCGUCGCCGGCACAUUCCAUGACCAUACACGAGAACAGUUCGCCCAAGAAGCCCAAGUGGGAGGUCAUCGAGCACUUCAAAUCGAACGUCCGCGGCCAGGAGUCGAUCAGCAGCAGUCUCAUAGCGGCCGGCGUGACGGCGUUCAACCUGGACGACACGAACUCCAACUACUCCGGCACGCCAUCGAUACGGAAGAAGAGCUUCCAGAUUUACAGUGGCGCAGCACAAGAGGAACUGGAACCGCUGAACAACCUGAACAUCAACAACACCACCGAGGGCGUGUUCGAUACAUCCCGCUGCUGGAACACGGUCAAGUGUUUGUUCAACGGUGUCAUCUGCUCGCACAAAUUCAAAAAUGUCCAGGUGGAAAUGCUGUACCAGCGGUACUUCCUCCGCAUGAAUCAAAGCAAUGCGGUGCACAUCGUGUGGCUUCUGUUAGGAUUAAUAUUUAUCUUAGCGCUAAUACAUCUAGUGUUUACAUUCAUCCUGCAACAGUCGCUGGAAAGCUGCUACGAGCCGCCGCUGGAUGGAGCGCACGCCGGUCAAGAUCAGCUGAAUGUUACCGCAUUGACCGCGCUCACUUUUGGCAACGAAAGCACCGCGGGCUACGAGGGACCACUGGGGUGGAAUAGUUCUGCCGAGAUCGAGCCUCCCGAUCCGACCGACAGCACCGACGGAGGCGCAACGAAUCAUCGUGACCGACGACAACGACAACGCAACGAACAGGACGACCCGGGAGGCACUCGUGGUGGGGAGGACGAAACUUUUCCCCGGGCGGGACGCAGUCACCGGAGUGCCGGGAGUGGCGGAAGGACGUGGCAGGUGGUAGCCGGAAGCCGAAUGCGACGGUGGACGCGAGGGCAUUCUCACAACAGAAACAACAACGUCGACGCCGAAGACCAAGGCAGCAUGGCAGAAAGUGUCGCUGACAGCCCGUCAUCCGAUAGUGGGCAGCGGACAUCGUCGUCGUCGUCGGUGCCGGAAGGCGAAAUCGUACAGGACGGAAGCCAGCCGUCCGGUAGCCCCGUGACGACGUCCCAGCAGCCGCCCGCCAACGUCAGCAGCGAGUACUCGGAGGACGGCGAGAUUCCGCUCUGCAAUCGAGACUACUUCACGCUGCUGAAGGACAACAUGACCCAGAUCAUCGUGCUGGGCGUUUGUGCGACCGUCUACGCGCUGCUGCUGAUGUGCCUGUACAAGCAGCGCAUCAACGAGAUCUACCUGUUCCAGGUGUCGUACGUCAUCAUGGUGACGCUGCUCGUGCUGGACGUUUGCUUCAGCUUCACCACGUCGGCCAAAAAAUUCACCUCUUCCGGUGGAUGUACGGUAAUCGCCAUCUAUAUUAUCUACACGAUGCUUCCGAUUCGACUACGGGAGGCCGUCGUCGGCGGCAGUCUUCUUUCCAUCUCGCACAUCGUGCUGAUGUUCUACAUGAACGAAUCCGACGACACGGACGUGCUUUACUGCGAUCUAAUAACGUUGGCGUGCACGAACGCGACCGGCAUCCUGCUGCACUGGCCGAAGGAGAAGUCCCAGCGCAAGGCGUUCAUGGAGACGCGCCAGUGCGUGGAGGCGCGCCUGAAGAUCCAGCGUGAGAACCAGAAGCAGGAGCAGCUGCUCCUGUCCGUGCUCCCGCGUCACGUGGCCAUGGAGAUGAAGAACGACAUCGCCGGGCAGCCACGGGAGGCCCAGUUCCACAAGAUCUACAUCCAGCGGCACGAGAACGUGAGCAUCCUGUUCGCGGACAUCUGCGGCUUCACCAGUCUGAGCGACCAGUGUACGGCCGAGGAGCUGGUGCGUCUGCUGAACGAGCUGUUCGCGCGCUUCGACCGGCUGGCGCAGGAGCAUCACUGUCUGCGCAUCAAGCUGCUGGGCGAUUGCUACUACUGCGUGUCCGGUCUGCCCGAGGCUCGGCCGGAUCAUGCCCUGUGUGCGGUGGAGAUGGGCCUAGACAUGAUCGACGCGAUCGCGCUCGUGCGUGAGGUGAUGGCGGUGAACGUGAACAUGCGCGUCGGCAUCCACACGGGGCGGGUGCAUUGCGGGGUGCUGGGGUUGCGCAAGUGGCAGUUCGAUGUGUGGUCGAACGAUGUGACGCUCGCGAACUACAUGGAGAGUGGAGGCGUACCGGGCCGGGUGCACAUCACGAAGGAAACGCUCCGAUGCCUCGGGGAUCACUACGACGUCGAGGAGGGGCGCGGGGCGGACCGAAACAGUUACCUGAAGGACCACCAGAUCCAGACGUAUCUCAUCGUGCCGAAGGAUGCUUCCUACCGACCGCACACGAUGUCGAAGCAGUCAUCGUCGGUCAAUGGGAACGUCUCCAAAGAGCUCCGCAUGAUGGGCCACUGGUCGAAGAUGGGCUUCAACGACAAGACCGAACCGAAGAGCACCGAGGAGGAGGUGAACGAGUAUCUGAUCAAGGCGAUCGACGCCCGCAGCAUCGACCGGCUCCGGCUCGAUCACUGCAAGCGGUUCCACCUGACGUUCAUCAAGGACGACAUCGAGCGGAAGUACUGCCUCGAGCCGGACCCGAUGCUGAACGUGUACUUCUACUGCAGCCUGAUCAUCUUCUUCGGCAUCAUGUCCAUCCAGGUGCUGGUGUUUUCGAUGGAUCAUUACAGCUACUGGGUGUACGGGUUCCUUACGCUCACGCUUCUGGUGUCCUGCGUUCCGGUGUUCACCCGAGAAGAUAUGAAAAUUUCCACCUUCUUUCGUGCACUGUCACAAAAAAUUCACGGCCACCGUGAGCUAGCUCAAGUGAUAUCGCUCUGCGUCGUCAUUACUGUGAUAUGUUUAUCGUACUACAAACUGACUUUUAUUUUGUACCUUUCGCUUUACGACGAGUAUCCGCUUGUCCGGCCUAGUAAUUGUAAGGAGUCGAAAAUUAUCAAUAUUCUACUAUUGCUUACCUUGCUUGCCUUACUGACCUGUGCGGUGCAUCAGUUUAUUAAAAUUUUAUUCAAAAUGCUUCUGCUGAUUACCAUACUCGUCCUGUACGUCGUGUCGGUCGUCGUCCUGGCCCUCAUCUUCGAGCGUCACUGCGAACCAUGGUUUCUAACGACGGAACGAUUUCUGAUCGACGUCGCGUUCCUGGUGGUGUUCGUGAUCGGACAGAUCAUGCACAGCCAGCAGACGGAGAUCACGCGCCGGCUCGACUUCAUCUGGAAGCUGCAGGCCACCGAGGAGAAGGAGGACAUGGAGCACCUGCAGGCGUACAACCGGAAGCUGCUGGCCAACAUCCUGCCGGUGCACGUGGCCGACCAUUUCCUGAUGCGCGAGAAAAACAUCGAGGAGAUCUACCACGAGCAGUGCGACACGGUGUGCGUGAUGUUCGCCUCGAUACCGAACUUCUCCGAGUUCUACAUCGAGCUCGAGGGCAACAACGAGGGGGUCGAGUGUUUGCGCCUGCUGAACGAAAUCAUCGUCGACUUCGACGAGCUGCUGGCACUCGAGCAGUUCCGGUACGUGGAGAAGAUCAAGACGACCGGCUCGACGUACAUGGCCGCGUCCGGGUUGACGGCGAACCGGGGCGACAAGAACGACUUCCAGCACGUGGUCGCCAUGAUGGACUACGCGCUCGAGCUGUUCAAGAAGAUAACGGAUGUCAACGAACAUUCCUUUAACAACUUUCGCAUGCGCAUCGGAAUCAACAUCGGGCCGGUGGUGGCAGGAGUGAUCGGCACCCGGAAACCGCAGUACGAUAUCUGGGGCAACGCGGUAAAUGUAGCCUCGCGGAUGGAUUCGACCGGCCUGAUGGACCACAUCCAGGUCACGGAGGAUGUCUACCAGAUCGUGAAGGAUAAGGACUACAACCUGACGUGCCGUGGUACGGUUAACGUUAAAGGCAAGGGUACGAUGAUCACCUAUCUGAUGCCAGGCUUGGCCAAGGAGCAGAACAACUAG